AACACUUUUGUUAUGACACCCCCCAUUCAAUCCAAAUAAUUUAAAAACUCUAAUGAUAAAUCUAUGUGUUAGAACUCAUGUUAAACACUAGUGCUAGAGCUGUUCAUCACUAUCCAAUAAAUAAAGCCCAACUCCUCCGGUCUCACUCCACUCUUUUUUCUCUCUCUCUCUCUCUCUAAGAGACUCAUGGCUUCAUCAUUAUUCCAUCCCUCUCCACCCUCUCCCCUUCCCAAGCCCACCCCACACCACCACAGAACCACCACCAAAAUCAACCACCGCCAAACACCCAUCAUCAAAUGCACCACCUCUUCAUCACCCACUUUCGAUUCCUCCUCCCUCACCAACAACGCCACCACCCCCACCACACCAGUACCCAAAUCACCCUCGCCGGAGUCUCCUGCUGCGGCGAAACACCGGCGUCCGGCCGAGGAAAACAUCCGCGAGGAAGCCCGGCGCCACAGCUCCGCCCACAACUUCUCCGCCAGGUACGUCCCUUUCAACUCCGACCCCAACAGCAACGAAUCCUACUCUCUCGACGAGAUCGUCUACCGGAGCCGCUCCGGCGGCCUCCUCGACGUCCAGCACGACAUGGCUGCUCUGAAGCAAUUCGACGGCAAUUACUGGCGCUCACUCUUCGACUCCCGCGUCGGCAAAACCACCUGGCCCUACGGCUCCGGCGUCUGGUCCAAGAAAGAAUGGGUGUCGCCUGAGAUCGACAGCGACGACAUCGUCAGCGCUUUCGAAGGAAAUUCCAACCUUUUCUGGGCUGAGCGUUUCGGCAAACAGUUUCUAGGCAUGAACGAUUUGUGGGUCAAACACUGCGGGAUUAGCCACACUGGUAGUUUCAAAGAUCUCGGCAUGACGGUUUUGGUCAGUCAAGUCAAUCGCCUCCGCAAGAUGAAACGUCCGGUGGUCGGAGUCGGUUGCGCUUCCACCGGCGACACCUCCGCCGCCCUCUCCGCCUACUGCGCCGCCGCCGGUAUUCCCUCCAUCGUUUUCUUACCCGCAAAUCGAAUCUCAAUCGCCCAAUUGGUUCAACCGAUCGCAAACGGAGCGUUCGUGUUGAGUAUCGAUACCGAUUUCGAUGGAUGUAUGAAGCUAAUCAGAGAAGUCACAUCCGAAUUGCCUAUCUAUUUGGCGAAUUCACUCAACAGUUUGAGACUCGAAGGGCAAAAAACAGCCGCCAUUGAAAUUCUUCAGCAAUUCGAUUGGGAAGUUCCAGAUUGGGUCAUCGUUCCUGGUGGAAAUCUAGGCAACAUUUACGCAUUCUACAAAGGAUUCAAAAUGUGUGAAGAAUUGGGACUCGUUGAUCGAAUUCCAAGGCUUGUUUGCGCUCAAGCAGCGAAUGCGAAUCCAUUGUAUCUACAUUACAAGUCAGGUUGGGGUGAAUUCAAGCCAGUGAAAGCAAAUACUACAUUCGCUUCAGCUAUUCAAAUCGGAGACCCAGUAUCCAUUGAUAGAGCAGUGUUUGCACUCAAGAACUCGAAUGGGAUUGUUGAGGAAGCAACUGAGGAAGAACUUAUGGAUGCCAUGGCACAGGCUGAUUCUACAGGCAUGUUUAUAUGUCCUCACACCGGUGUUGCAUUGACGGCUUUGAUUAAAUUGAGGAAUAGUGGGGUUAUAGGACCGACUGAUCGGACGGUUGUGGUGAGUACGGCUCAUGGGUUGAAAUUUACGCAGUCCAAGAUCGAUUAUCAUUCGAAGGAGAUCAAGGACAUGGCGUGCCGCUAUGCGAAUCCACCGGUGCAAGUGAAGGCAAGUUAUGGGACAGUCAUGGAUGUUUUGAGUGACUAUUUGAAGAAAACUCCGAAAUUUUAGGGGAGGGACUAUGAAAAAACCAGAGAAAUCAGUCCAGAAUUUAAAAUCAAUGGGUAUGAUUUAUGUGUAAUCCUUGGUGCCUCGAAUUCACCAUGGCUCAAAUUUCAAAUUUCUGUUUACUCGUCGUUCGGCAAAAAAGUUGACAGCGCCGAACAACCGGCCAGAUAACUGACCGGACGACCGGUGAACAGAAAUUCAAGCCAUUCGAGGCAAGGUGAAUUUGAGAUAUGUAACAUUUGCUCUCAUGUAUGGUGUCGUCCCAUAACAAGAGAUUUAAAUAUAUGCCACACAUUUAAAUUUCUUUUUUUGGGUGCUUAGUUUUCUUCCAAGAAAUUGUUAGUUUUUUUGGGGAUGUUCUAUUUGUAGAAGCCACUGUAUUUGAAGGAAGCACGUGCUGAUCUUGGCAUACAAUUUUAGGGUAUGUUUUGGGGAAGCCAUUUUUAUUAUUUGGCUUCUUGUUUGGCUUCAAUAUCUUUUUGUAAAAAAUAGUUCUAGUUGAAGUUUGA